CUCCAUGGCGGCUUUAUCCUGCUGUCACAAGCGCCUCUUGUCUCUACUACUCCCUCAGCCUCUUUGUGCUUCUCGUCGGUCUUUGAUCGUGCGUUUCAGGUUCUGCAGCCACGAUCCAUGAACAAGCUCGAUUCGACGGUGCCACCACCAAGCCUGUCUGAAAGCCGCCUGGACUCGUCAUCCAUCUUGCAUCUCCCCAUCUACGACUACUGUAUCUCAAACUCACCUGCGAAGCCUCAACGUCUCUUCCUCUUGCCGUUCCCCUCCUAUUCCGACUGCUCCAACGGCCACUAACGACUACGGUUCACCAGACACGUCCACCAAGUGCUUUAUUCAACACCCUGUCACGUAUACUUCGCGUUGUCUCAACGCUCCUUGUUUCCUUGUUGCUUCCCUCCACCUGGCUGAAACUAAGUCCACGCCUCGCCCGUUCUUUGUCUGUCCACGAACUACUGCCAUUUCUGCUCCUAUGCCGGCCAUCAGUUAAGAGAAGGAGCACGCCUCCCUACCUCCUCGUUGUCACAAAACUGGGUUAGAGGAGUUGACACGAAUAUGCUCGCCUCCAAGCCACCAUAUACUGCCAAUGCUGGCAAUAUCCAGCAGCUGCCCGUCCGCAACUUCUCCGAGUCCUCGACCAGAACGCAAAUGACCUCGAUGGCUCUCCAAGACGGCCUCUUUACCUCACCAACGGACUCUGAGUUCUCCGAUGUCUAUGACGGACUGGACUCGAUACGGGCAUGGGACGAGAAAAAGGUUGGAGAGUGGCUGCACUCGAUCCGCUGCGGACAAUAUGAAUCUCUCUUCAAGGCGAACAACUUCACCGGGGAGAGUCUGCUGGAAUGUGAUCAAAAGAUUCUAUCAGAAAUGGGCAUCAAGAAAAUUGGUGAUCGUGUCCGAAUCAAUGUUGCAAUCAAACAGCUUCGAAACAAGUCAUCCCUAUUACGUUCCAGGAGGAAUCGGGAUAGCCUUGCUAUCUUGGAUGGCAUCGCUGGGACCCCUUCGUCCUCGGACUCUCCUCGGACUCAUGGCUCCAGAUCACACAAUGGAAGCGGCAAGCGCUUCUCCCGCCAGCUCGAUUCCUCCGUUCUGCAGAAUUUCAACUCGGCCAGCACAGGAUUCAAAGUCGGAUCGAGACCAAGUUCACCUCUGGCAGAUGUACACAGCGCAGGUUUGAGAUCCCAUCGUUACGCGCAGAGUCCGAUGGACGCUGGAAGAAACACCUCUGCUGGCGGAUACUUUAGCCAACCAGGGUCAGCUAAUUCCACGUCCGGCAGACGCCCUGAAACUCCGCAACUCGCAACCCAAACCACGAGAGCAGCCCACCUCCGACAGAAUUCGAGCAUUGAUGGUCUGACCCCUGGUGGACUGCCGUCGGGAUCGCCGGUCAUUAAAAUCAUCCACAACGGCGGUCAAACGAAGGUUGUGAACAUCAAGUUUUGUCGCACCGCUGACGAUGUCACGUCGACGGUGCUGAAAAAACUACAUCUUCCAGAAACCCAUUUUCGCAACUAUUGUUUCUACGUGCUGAACGGCCUGGACCCAGAUCCGGCAAAUUGUCGUCGAGUAAGCGACAGCGAACUCAUGAGAAUUUGUAAUGAGUCGACCCGAUCCGAGAGAAAUAGGUUGAUCCUGAGAAAGAUCAACGACGGGCCUCCCGACGUGGACGAACUCCACAAGGCUGCCAAAAUUGCGGCUGAUGAAUCACAAGUUCUGCACAGCAAUGCACUGAGCACGAACAACAUGCGCAACCAAAUCAAGCUUCAGAAACUCACGGGCGAGUCCUGGCACAAUAUUCAAGUACCCAUCUCACCGGUUACGACUACAGAUCGAAAUCGAAACAUUAUUGCUACUGCGGAUGAAUAUGAUCGGCAGGAAGCUCAACAACACCUCCGAGUUCCCAGUAACCAGAGCACGAAGCUCCGCACGUUCUUUGGGGCACGGCCUCCCAGCGAAAUGAUUGUGCAGGAGCUGACCUCUUAUUUCCCUGCUCAUCAGCGCGAGGAUAUCGAAAAGACCAUGAGAUUGUCAGUCCGGCGCUCACAACGUAUGAGUCGCGCACAAAGUCGCCUCAGCGUAAUGAGUAACGUGAGCAUGGCUUCCAGUCUCAAGGAUGCUCCUCCCGUACCAAGCAUCCCCAGCAUUGCCGACUCCUGGCUGUAUCAGAGCGGUAUGAGCUCUCGUGCUCCUACAGCACGACCACUUUCAGUAGUAUCGAAUAGGUUCAAUCUUAUGAAUCACUCGUUCCGAGAUUCAAUCGCAUCUUCAACACUGCACCCAUUACAGGAAGAGUCCCCUAUCGAGCCGAACCGAAAGUCAUACGUCUCGUUUGACAGCGGUUCCGACACUGCUGCCCAGAGCGAAGCAGCCAGGGCAAGUUACUUUGACGAGAGCCCCGGGGUUACCUUGAAUACCGACACCAUGAAUGAACGACUGUCGGUAAUCGUGGCUGAGGAUGGCGAGGAAGAAGAUCAGGAGCUGAACUCAUUCCUUCAAGGCAACAGCUUCGACAAGAACAACUGGAUGAAGGGUGACUUGAUCGGCGAAGGCUCGUUCGGCAGUGUCUACCUCGCCCUUCACGCCGUGACCGGUGAAUUGAUGGCAGUCAAGCAGGUCGAGUUGCCCAACGUGGCAAAAGGCACGGAAGGUGACAAGAAGAAGACGGCCAUGAUUGCAGCGUUGAAGCAAGAGAUCACACUCUUGCAGGGCCUGCGCCACCCGCAUAUCGUGCAAUACUUGGGUACCUCGUCGGACGAAGAGCAUCUCAACAUUUUCCUCGAAUACGUUGCUGGAGGCUCCAUCGCCGGCAUGCUCAAACAGUACAACACCUUCCAGGAGCCCCUGGUCCGGAACUUCACCAGACAAAUUCUCGAGGGCUUAUCCUAUUUGCACGCUCGCAACAUUAUUCAUCGAGACAUCAAGGGCGCCAACAUACUGGUCGACAACCGCGGAGCCGUGAAAAUCUCCGACUUCGGUGUCUCCAAGAAGACCAACUUCAAUGGCAUGAAUUCUGCGCCUGGCACGCGCACAUCUCUUCAAGGAAGCGUCUUCUGGAUGGCUCCCGAAGUCGUUCGUCAGUCUGGACAGUCGAUCAAGUCAGACAUCUGGUCUGUCGGGUGUCUUGUGGUUGAGAUGUUCACAGGAUCACGUCCGUUCCCGUCAAUGACAACGCUCCAAACUCUGUUCGCCGUGGGAAGCAAUAACGAGAAACCGACUAUCCCCGAACAUGCGAGCGAGGAUGCGAAGCGGUUUAUGGGGAAGACCUUUGAGGUUGAUCACGAGAAGAGGCCCGGCGCGGAUGAAUUGUUGCGCGAGAGGUUUUUGUUGCCUACAGCAUAAGGGAGAUAUUGAGAAUUGGUAUGCGUGGAUCCAUGUGUACAAUGUAAGCACUUGAUCAGUGUCAGGAGCAUCUUGCUGAACAACAUGACGGCCUGAGAUGGGAAGAAACCGCGCUCCAGAGAAACAGAUCGGCCAUAUCGGGUGGUUACCAUCCCUGCAGAGCUUGUUGCAAUAGUCGGAGGGUAGAGUUUUCCUUCGUUCUUCCAUGUGUUAUCUACGUGGGAUCAGCCUGGGACGAUGUUGUGUUUGUGUAUAUCACCGGUGCAUUGAUGAAGGAACAUACCCCAGCGGAAGGUGUUGAUUGGACCGGUGACGGUGUGUCAGAUAGAGACUACAGAAUCACCGCAGCCAUGUGGAAUGGAAUACAUGGAUGUCCUGUUGAUCUCGUGUUUGUUGGCUUUCUCCCUCCCUCUGUGUAGAUCAGACUCUAGCAGCGCCAGAUUCUCUUUCUAUGGUAGAAGUAGAAUACUCCGUGACUAAGAUCGGGUGCCACCUAUUCGAGAGAUAGAAACGACAAUGAAUA